AUGCGUCGCUUUCUCUAUCAUGUGAGAGAUACGCUCGAGUAUUACGACGGCCUCGAUAUGCUCGAUUCAUUCGUGCCUACGGUGAUGGAUGACAAGACGCGUUUUGAUGGUGUGACUCCAUCUAUUGUGCGUGAUUAUUUCAACCAGUGGGCGCGUACUACGUGUGAAACCGAGCAAGGCGUUCCGUUUGAUCGUGCCCAGUGGGCAAAUACGGCACGGUAUAAAUUCUGUAUCAUGGUUGAUGAGGAGGCAUUGCAGUCAGUUCUGGACAUUUCACCUGAGGAUGUCGUGCGUUAUAAUGACACCGACUUUGUGGUUCUGGUUAAUGGCAGGUGGGAGCCGCGAUUCCUGAGUGAAGAGGAAUUAGGAGGUUAUACCAGUCCGCCGCAAGAGAAUAAUUUCGAGCCAGUGCAGGGGUGCACGCUGGAAGAUGUGGGCUGGAUGAAAGUGCGCUAUGAUCGGGCUCAGAUAGUGGCCUCUGCUUUUAUGCGCGAUUGUCUUGACUGGGAGCUGCAGUAUAGGCGUCCUCCUGAGAUUACUUUCAACUGCUGA